AUCUUUAACCCCACAAGAGCCCUCGGUACAUCCGAGCUAGGGCGUCCCUGAAGUUUCUACCUGGGUUGAUUGGUCGGGUGGAUGAAUUGGUAUAUUUGCAUGAGGCUAUACUGCUAGGAAGCCUAUCACUAGGAACCCCAGUACACACAUGGAAACAUCUCUGGCUGCCAGGCUCUCCAGGUCCUUCCAAUCCUUCCAAUCUGCUUGUCUUCGGGCCCACUUCCCAGUGGCGUUUGCUCUUCCCGUCCCGAACUAUUGGCUUGAUAGUAGAUUGAAUACCCAGCUCGACUUCAAAUCGAGAGACCAAUAUCCGGCAGUUUUUCAUGCCUAUCUUCAUGCAAAUAGACGACUGGGGUGCCACGAGGUUCAAAUACGCUCGAUUUCGCUCAUGCAUUCUUCAGGAGUAGACGCCAUCUCGCUGUCUUUUUAGGUUUCAAGUUGAUAGUAUCUUUACCGGUUCUAUUCCAAGCUUGAAGCUUCCGAGCGCUCGCAUACUUCCAAUCAUGCUCUUCCAAAUUUCGGCUGUGGUAGCGCCUCUGCUGCUGGCUUCUUCCGCAUCUGCAGCCUCGUUCACACCUGCUUCCACCACUGCAACUGAUCUGUUGUCUGGCAAGGGUCUUUUGAACCUUGCAAUCUACCAAAUCAGUCAAGCUGCUAAAGGGCAGCAACAGCCAUGCAACCUCGGAAACGCUGCCGUUAGACGAGAAUGGUCAACACUCCUUCCUGCUGAGCGAAAAGCAUAUACGGAUGCUGUUUUAUGUCUUCAAUCAAAGCCCCCAAAGACCAAUCAGACACUCGUUCCUGGAGUCAAGUCGAGAUACGAUGAUUUUGUUUGGACUCACAUUGAGCAAACACUAAGCAUUCACGGAACAGCAAACUUCUUGUCAUGGCACAGAUAUUUCACCUGGACUUAUGAACAAGCACUCAGGAAUGAGUGUGGCUACAAAGGUUACCAACCAUACUGGAAUUGGGGCAAAAGUGCCUUCGAUCCUAUCAACUCACCAGUGUUCGAUGGCUCGGACACUUCCAUGGGUGGCAAUGGUGACUUCGAACCACACAACUGCACCAACGGUCUCCCGACCGGCCUGAACUGUAUACCUCCUGGUCCUGGGGGUGGCUGUGUGACCAAUGGUCCAUUCAAGAACAUGAAAGUUAAUCUCGGCCCUAUCUCACCGACUCUCACCAUAGAGGGCCUUAACGCAGUCUCGCCAAGUACAGUUUAUAACCCACGCUGUCUCCGCCGUGACAUUUCCCCAUGGGUCUCCUCCCGUUGGACAACUGAUCAGAACUCCACCGACCUCAUCACCCAGAACUCAGAUAUCAACAGCUUCCAGACCGUAAUGCAAGGUGAUUUUGGAUCUGGAAACUACGGUGUACACACAGCUGGCCAUUUCACCAUUGGCGGCGACCCAGGUGGAGAUCUCUUCGUAUCGCCAGGGGACCCAGCUUUCUAUCUUCACCACGCUCAGAUCGAUCGCACUUGGUGGAUCUGGCAGAACCAGGAUAUCAAGAACAGACAGAAUGCUAUUGCUGGAACUAUCACCUUGUUCAACAACCCGCCUAGCAGAAAUGGAACACUGGAAGAUGUCAUUACAUUAGGCGUUAAUGGUCCUGAUACGACGAUCGGGUCUGUGAUGUCUACGCAGGCUGGGCCUCUUUGUUAUAUUUAUGUUUAAGUUCUGGUUCAAUCAUUUUUGGUCUUGGCAGUUGUUUAUACUUUAGAUCUUGAAAAGCCAAUCUCCAUUUCUGCAUAUCAUAAUAAUACACUUUCACCGUCGGGAAGUUCCUUGACAUCUUCCCGAAUUACCGUUUAAAGUUUGAUCAAUUACUGCUCUUGCACGUCGGCUCAAAUUCUCUCCCCCACAAUAUUGUCUCGGACCCCUCUCACCUCAAAAACGUAUCUUUUUCUUGGAUUUGACCCGGCAGAAACCGAAUUUCCACACAUAAACUCAAACAGUCCCGAUUCCGGAGAACUGACCGAAAACCCCUACCAAACCCCGCCAAACACUCACAUCUCACAUCUGACAAACCAUCUCAUGUCACGUUAUUCUUGCACAGACUUGAAACUAGAGCAUCUUCGUUCCUCGGAUCUCCCGACCCAUAAACUCCGUUCACCAGAUCCUACACUCCUACACUCUUGGCGAAAAGCAAAUCUGGGAGGUCCCCUACCCCCACCACGUUCGCUAUCGCAUCGCGCAUAAUAUUUGGUGCCCAACACUACUGUAAUUUACCUACCGUGCCGUCCCAAAGUUCGGUACAUAUCCCUAACUCACAAGCUUGGGCGAUCUCAAUUGAGCCGAACCACCGCUACGGUAAAGCUAGCUCUUCACUAUUCUGCAUGCAGAAGUUAGAAACGUUAGAAACGGUCUUCCUAGCUUCUAAAUGGCACGGUUGCAGCACAGCAUUAUUGCUACCGUUACUUCGGCGCUGCGCUGCGCUGGACAAGGACAUGGAUGUGAGGCUCUUCUCGCCGGACUUGUCGAUCAUUAAACUUCACGAUCUUUGGGACUAAGUCGCGGAGUUUAUUUGUGAUGCAGUUUCAAAACCUGUCUCCUAUUCUCCUGAACCUUCCGUGGUACUUUCCGUACGAGGAAGGAGGUCAACGUCCUGGCGCUGUUUGGGGAGGAUUUAUACACAGACGACCCUCCCUUGCAACCAAUAGGGAAGUAUUAUCAAUGCUACUUGCGGGGCACUUGGAGUACUUACGCGUGUACAACUCUCGAGUAUAUUUCCAAAGGUUACAAACGGUUAGGGUUAGUUAGGGUUAAAGCGUAGGUAUAGCACAGGGUCCCCUCUAGGGGUUUGCUAACCAGAGCGUGGGAGAUAUGUGAUUUUAUUACUGUUCGAGCUAUUGUACCUUCGCAAUUACUAGAGAUUCUGAAGCUUUUGAUUUGUCUGACCAGGGGGGGGGG